AUGUCUCGACAACCAACAUUCACAAGCAUAAUUCACUUACGGGAUUUCGUCGAUGCCAUUACAGAUGACCCGACUCGAGAAAAUGCUCCAAACUACGUCGAAAUCCAAACAGAUCUCAACAUCUUCGAAGAAGACGGUUUCCAUGAUCCUAAUAUCGCCACCGACCCCAUUCGCACCCGCAUCCAUACUUAUCUGACGCAAGAACAACGAGAACUCUACCUUCCUGGCGCUUUCUUCUACGCCGACGGCCGCUUCUUCACGGCACUGUCGAUGAACGGCACUCUGGAGAUUAGCACGCAGACGCUGAGCUUGAUGAGGCAGUAUGACCAGCACUUGCCAGAGCAAUGGUGCCCGAUGGUGACAGUCAUCGGCUUCGUGCCUCCCUGUACCGACAACUCGCUUGACCCUUCCGAGCCCCGUCACUUCACGAUCGAAACAUCUGUCUACGACGCGUCGAAGGCAGCCCCAGCUCACUUCUCCGUAGUCUGCUUCUUGGAAGGCACCAAGCGUUGGAGGAAAGUCAAGACACCAGCAUCGGGAGCUCUCCUCACCGUCACUGCGAAGAUCGCCGGCCGCACGAGGGACACCAACCUCCUGGCCCUCCGAGUCCUCGACCUCGCUUACUUGCCAAGACCUGCACCGCUGGUGUGGCCGGGUCCCAUCUACAUCUACUCCUUCGAAGAGACCACGCAUAUCGGACCCUGCCAACGAAGCUGCAAACCCGUCUGA